CAAAACUACUGCAUUUAACCUAAAGAGUAAAGACCAUGGAAGUUUGGAACUUGAAAUUGUAAGUGGAAAAAUUAGGAACAGAGGAAGGAUGAGAGAUAGAGAGAGAGAGAGGAAACGAACGACAAAAGCGAAACAUGGCCGGUGGCAUCGUCACCGGAUCUUUUGUAGCCUUAAAUAGCUCCUCCAUUUUCUACCACUUUUCUUUUUGCCAUUCCUCCUUUUCUCCACUUGGUAAAAUUGUAAUCAUCUUCUUCCUGCUUCCAGUCAGUGCCUUUUCUUCAAUCUCUCUCCACAAUCCAAUUCCUUCAACCCAAUUUCCUCCUUAGAUAAACUCUCAUCCCAUCCCAGAAAGCAAUAAUUCAUCCAUACCCCUUUUCUUUUCCUCCCGUCUUUCACAGUACAUCAUCUUCCCCUUUUCUCCUUUAUUGCCAGCUCUGCCACUUCGUCCUCUCUUUCCCAAUUCCCAUACACAUACGCACUCCGCAUAUCCCUUCCUUUUACCCCGAAUAUUUCCUCUUCAGCCUUUUUUUGUUCUUCCCUUUCGCAGCUCUCCCGAACAGCGCCUCAUCAUCGUGUUAAUCAUCAAUUCGUUGUUUCUGGGUAUGUUUGGUUUCUCCCUCUUUCCGUGAUCGCUCAAGGUUUUCAAGCUGUGUGGAUUUGUAAUUCCCGUCAGAUCUCUGUCCUCCUGCUUGUUAUUUCGUGAUCUGGGUAUUCGAGAUUAUCUCCGGGCAUUGCUCAUUGGGUGAUCUGUGCCUUGAUCUGAUGAAAAAGUUCGUUUCUUUUUGUCGUUUUGCUGCUUGGUAGUUAAAAAAUGUUAUCUUUUCUCCUGGGCUUUUGUUGUGAAUUGGUAGCUCCAAGUUGUUUGGUUCCCUGACGUGUUGAUUUCCUGCUUGUCUUUGAGUUCCAUGUUUGCAAUUGGUUGUCAAUUACCAUUGCUCAUGAUUGAGUGUGAUGAUUCGUUGAAGAAGCCGAUGACAUCAUGGCCUUAAUAGGUAGCAUUAGGGUGCUGUUAGAUGGUAGUUUCUGGUCCUCAUAUUUGUAAUAUUCUGGUUCUUGCUCAUUCUAAAGAGCUAUGUCGCUGAUACAUUCAUAUAUUAAAAAUUGCAUGGAGUCAUGUUAAUGACAUUGGUUGAGCUAGGGUAAUGAAGCGUAGUGAUCCUCAUCGAUUGCUGCAACUGGCAUUGCAGCCUUGGACCUUCGAAUGCAUGAAUAUUAAUUAGUACCUGAAACCCUUUCUUUCCUUUCACAUUGUCGACUGGAGUUGAAAGGUCUGGGCAUCGGAAUUAGAUAGGAAAAAUAGUGAUUCCUUGCUGACAAGUGAACUUAGUUUAUGUAAUUGGAUGAACGUCUGGCAAUGUAAGUUUGGAGAGCUAAGGAAAUGAAUGAAAGUUGCAAUAACCAUUUAAUGGAUCGUUAGAAUAUGGGAGGAACAGGAAAAGCUUCUAGCUUGGUGGACAGCAUACAGCUCAUGGAAGAUUUGUCUAAUUAGGGUGACAAGGAGAAUGUAUAACAAAAUGUUGAACCUGAUGAAUUGAUUAACUUAAAUACAACAAUGGAAUUGAAUCUGCUCUACUUAGUAUUGGGCCUAUUGCAGUGUGUAAUUAACCAUUUUAUUCACUCUUGCCGCAGGUUGUGAAUCGCUUGAGCAGUAGUUAUAGAGAGGAUAGAGGUGAUGUCUAGCGCUGCAAAAGUUGUGGACCCUGCAUUCCAGGGAGUGGGCCAGAGACCUGGCAUUGAGAUAUGGCGGAUUGAGAAUUUUCAACCAGUUGCAGUGCCAAAGUCAGAUCAUGGAAAAUUCUACAUGGGGGAUUGCUACAUUGUCCUUCAGACAACACAAAGCAAGGGAGGAUCUUAUUUGUAUGACAUUCACUUCUGGAUUGGAAAGGACACAAGUCAGGAUGAAGCUGGAACUGCAGCUAUUAAAACUGUUGAACUUGAUGCAGCUCUAGGAGGGCGUGCCGUGCAGCACAGAGAACUUCAAGGACACGAAUCUGACAAAUUUUUGUCUUAUUUCAAACCCUGUAUUAUACCAUUAGAAGGGGGUGUUGCAUCUGGCUUUAAGACGCCCGAGGUAGAAGAGUUUGAGACCCGGUUGUACGUUUGUAAAGGAAAACGGGUUGUCCGAAUGAAGCAGGUUCCAUUUGCGAGGGCAUCUCUGAAUCAUGAUGAUGUGUUCAUUCUAGACUCUGAGAAGAAGAUCUUUCAGUUCAACGGGGCAAAUUCCAAUAUCCAAGAAAGGGCCAAGGCUCUAGAAGUUGUGCAGUUUUUGAAAGACAAGUAUCAUGAAGGAACAUGUGCUGUUGCAAUUGUUGAUGAUGGUAAACUGGAUACUGAAUCAGAUUCGGGAGAGUUCUGGGUCCUCUUCGGUGGUUUUGCUCCAAUUGGGAAGAAGGUUAUCAGUGAUGAUGACAUCGUUGCAGAGAGGAUUCCUGCUAAAUUAUAUAGCAUUCAUGAAGGCGGUGUGACUGCUGUUGAAGGUGAACUAUCCAAAGGCAUGUUGGAAAAUAACAAAUGCUAUCUCUUGGAUCGUGGAGCUGAGGUGUUUAUAUGGGUUGGCCGGUCAACACAAGUGGAAGAGAGAAAAACAGUGGGCAAGGUGGCAGAGGAUUUUAUUGCAAAUGAAAACAGGCCAAGAUCUACUCGUAUAACCCGAGUUAUUCAAGGUUAUGAAACACAUGCUUUCAAGUCAAAUUUUGGUUCAUGGCCUGCUGGGUCUGUAGCUCCGGGAGCCGAAGAGGGAAGGGGGAAAGUAGCAGCUUUGUUGAAGCAACAAGGCGUCGGUCUCAAAGGUUUGGGGAAAAGUGCUCCUGUGAACGAGGAAGUUCCUCCUCUGCUUGAAGGAGGUGGAAAAUUGGAGGUAUGGUGUAUCAAUGGCAAUGCCAAGACUCCUGUGUCUAAGGAGGAUAUUGGUAAAUUUUAUGGUGGAGAUUGCUACAUUGUUCUCUACACCUAUCACUCUGGUGAAAGAAAAGAAGACUAUUACCUUUGCUGUUGGUUUGGGAAGAAUAGCAUUGAGGCAGAUCAGCAGAUGGCUACUCGUUUGGCUAAUACAAUGUCAAAUUCUCUUAAAGGCAGACCUGUUUUGGGGCGCAUAUUUCAAGGCAAGGAGCCACCACAGUUCAUUGCCAUUUUUCAGCCUAUGGUGAUCCUCAAGGGUGGUUUGAGCUCAGGCUACAAAAAAUACAUAGAAGAAAAGGAAUUGGCUGAUGACACAUACACGGCUGAUUCUGUUGCCCUCUUCCGGGUCUCUGGAACUUCUUCUCAUAACAACAAGACAGAGCAAGUAGAUGCGGUGGCAACCUCCUUGAAUUCCACAGAGUGUUUCCUCUUGCAAUCCGGCUCUUCACUUUUCACUUGGCAUGGAAAUCAGAGUGCUUUUGAACAGCAGCAGUUGGCUGCAAAAGUCGCAGAAUUUUUGAAACCCGGGGCUACACUGAAACAUGCUAAAGAAGGUACUGAAAACUCAAUUUUCUGGUCUGCUCUUGGAGGAAAACAAAAUUACACUAGCAAAAAGGUGACCCCAGAAAAUGUCAGAGAACCUCACCUGUUCACAGUGUCGCUUAAUAAAGGAAAUUUGCAGGUUGAGGAAGUGUUUAACUUUUCUCAAGAUGACCUGUUGACUGAGGAUGUAUUAGUGCUUGAUACGCGAGCAGAAGUUUUUGUUUGGGUCGGUCAAUCUGUAGACCCCAAAGAAAAGCAAAGUGCUUUUGAUGUUGCCCAGCAAUAUAUAGAGAUGGCUGCAGCUCUCGAAGGUUUGUCACUAAAUGUGCCAAUGUAUAGAGUUACUGAAGGAAAUGAGCCAUCAUUCUUUACAACAUACUUUUCAUGGGAUUCCACAAAAGCCACUGCUCUUGGGAACUCAUUCCAAAAGAAGAUGGCUUUACUCUUUGGAAUAAAGCAUCAUGAGGAUAAGUCAAGUGGUAAUCAAGGAGGAGGAGCAACCCAAAGGGCUUCAGCUUUGGCUGCCUUAUCUUCUGCAUUUAACCCUUCCUCUGGGAAGUCAUCCCCUAGAAGCCAGGACAGGACGAAUGGUUCAAAUCAAGGACCGACUCAAAGAGCAUCAGCUUUAGCUGCUCUGAACUCUGCUUUCAACUCGUCCCCUACAGCCAGAAGCCCCUCUUCAAGGGGAUCUUCUGGACAGGGAACCCAAAGAGCUGCUGCCGUAGCUGCACUUUCACAAGUUCUUACUGCUGAAAAGAAGAAAACACCUGACGGUACCCCUACUCAGAGCCCUAGCGCUGAAACCAAAACUCCUUCUGGUGAAGGGAAAAAUGAAGCAUCUGAAGUAGAUCAAGGGUCUGAAGAAGGGAAGGAAAUCGAUGACACCGGGUCUGCAUCUGGAAGCAACGCAGGGGGUGAUUCUGAACCUAAACCCGAGUCUGAACAGGACUACGCCAACAUUGGUCAGGUUGUGUUCAGUUACGAUCAGCUGAAGGCUCGCUCAGAAAACCCCGUGACUGGGAUCGACUUCAAGAGGAGAGAGGCAUAUCUAUCACCUGAGGAAUUCGAGUCCAUAUUUGGGAUGGACAAGGAAGCUUUCAAUAAGCAGCCCAAGUGGAAGCAGGAUAUGCAGAAGAAGAAAGUUGAUUUAUUUUAAGCAGCCAAGUCACUAUUCUGUUGUCUGCUACUCGUAAAGUUCUUGGGUUUUAUUAUUUUUCUGGUUCAGUACCAAGUUUUCUGGCUUGCUUCGAUAUGGCAUUUUAUUAUUUUGCCUCUAGAUGUGGGUUAGUAUGCAAAUUUUUUGGUUGUGGGCUGAAGAGUGAGCUUUCGUUUUGGCCUUUUGAAGAAGAAGAAGAUAUUCUUUGGGUUUUUGUUUUCUUGAAUUGUAAGAAUGUCAGGUUGUAGUGUUCUACUGAGGGAGUUGGGAAGGUCAAAAUUCAUUCAUCUGGAUUCAUUUGUGUAUCUGAUUUGUGAUUAAUCUGUUUUGCCUUUUUCCUUGGGGGAAUAUGUAUAUGGUAUUGAUACAUAUUAUUGUACUCUAUAUAAAGACUGAUACUCAGUAAUGAAGGUUAUGGUGUUUG